AUGGGUAGAUCCGACGUCUGCUGCAGACAAGGUUCUGUCUGCUCUCGCGACGCCGCCGACAAUAUUGCCUGCUGUCCGACUGGAGCGAAAUGUACAGGUUCUCUUACCGGAGACUCCACCUCUGCCUCGACCACCUUUAGAUUUCCAGGAACCGCAACUGCUUCUAUGACCACCACGGGACCCAAUGCUGCUACUAUUACUGGGUCGACGAUGCCAGGCGCUUAUCCGUUUAUCUAUGUACCGACGACGUUCCCUAACGCCGGUGUAUGCUCCUCAUACUACUCCUUGUGUCAAAGUGAGUACACUGGUUGUCUCUCGAGUUUAGGAGGAGGCUAUGCAGUCACGGUGGCAGCUGAGGGUGGAGGUGUAACCCGAGCUGGCGGAGGGGCAGCCGGAGCAGUCUCUACCUGUUCCAGCUUGAGUAUGGACGCCUGUCAUGGCCUCAAUCUGGGCUACUGCGACACAUAUGCUACUGGAGCCGGAGACAUGAAUCGGGCACCCCCGGGACGGACCUCGAGUCUGGAAGACCUCGUCUUUGGCAUGGUCAUUGGCUUGGCCGGUAUGUUUAUUUGA